CACUUACUCACUCCUUUCUCUUUUCAAAAGCCCCUUGUGAGGCAGAUUGACAGGCUAGAAUGAAAAUGAGGCGGACGCUCGGUCACGACUUCAGUGCGUACGCGUCCUUUUGAGAAGACCUCUAAACUUGGAUCAUAUCACCAUGGGAGCUAUUUGGGCUGCAAGGGACUUUUGUUUGUUUUUGCUCUUGUUAAAUAGUUGCCAAAGCACAGCGCUUCCAGAGAUUCGAGAUCCAUGUGCAGAGGGAAGUGAUGGCUGUCACAUUGAUGCUAUUUGUCAGACUACCCAAGGCUCAUACAAGUGCACGUGUAAAGCAGGCUUUAAAGGAGAUGGAAAACACUGCGAAGACAUUGAUGAAUGCGACUUGGAGUAUAAUGGUGGCUGCGUACACGAGUGCAACAAUAUACCAGGCAAUUAUCGCUGCACUUGUUAUGACGGAUUCAAUUUGGCACAUGACGGACAUAACUGCCUAGAUGUCGAUGAAUGCAAGUUCAACAAUGGUGGGUGCCAACAUACUUGUGUGAACACCAUGGGCAGCUACGAGUGCCGCUGCAAAGAGGGCUUCUUCCUCAGCAACAACCAGCACACAUGCAUCCACCGCUCUGUGGAGGGUCUCAACUGUAUGAAUAAGGAGCACGGCUGCGCCCACAUCUGCAAAGAGACACCCAAAGGAGGUGUGGCCUGUGAGUGUCGUCCAGGGUUCGAGCUGGCCAGGAACCAGAGAGGCUGCAUCUUAACUUGUAACCACGGCAAUGGAGGCUGCCAGCACACCUGCGAGGACACGGAGAGCGGCCCCAUAUGCCGGUGUCACGCCAGGUACACCCUGCAACCUGACAAGAGGUCGUGUGUAGAACGAGAUGAAGCCACCACCGAGUCCUCAGACCACAACGCUACAUCUUUUACUGAGGUGGACAAACGGGUCAAACGAAGACUGUUAAUGGAAACCUGCGCGGUAAACAAUGGUGGGUGCGACUGCACCUGUAAAGACACAUCCACGGGCGUUCGCUGCAGCUGCCCCAUCGGCUUCACACUGCAGCCGGAUGGAAAAACCUGCAAAGAUAUUGACGAGUGUGAGCUUCACAACGGAGGUUGUGAACACUUCUGCAGGAACACCAUCGGCAGCUUUGAGUGUAAUUGCAGAAAAGGCUUCAAGCUUCUGACAGAUGAACGUUCUUGUCAAGAUAUAGAUGAGUGUUUUUUUGAGCGGACAUGUGAUCACACAUGUGUGAACUCCCCUGGUGGUUUUCAGUGUCUGUGCAACAAAGGCUACACCAUGUAUGGACUGGCCCACUGUGGAGAUAUAAAUGAAUGCAGUGUGAACAAUGGUGGUUGUGAGCAGGGUUGUGAGAACACCAUGGGUGGAUUUGAAUGCUUUUGCCAUCCUGGCUAUAAGCUACACUGGAACAAAAAGGACUGCAUUGAGGCUGAGGGUUUACCGCCUGCAAACCCCCCCUCUAAACCUACCUUGAACUGUAGUAAGCAGGAGGGAGGGGACCGCUGCUUCCUGACAUGCCAGUCCCAAGUUCAUAUCAGCAGUGGGACGGAGGAUUCCUACACGGUGACCUGUGGAAUGCCUCUGCCCUGCCUGGCUGACGCACAAAAGAACAACAGCGGCUUGUAUUGCUUAGGUCCAGAAAUGGCCAAUGUUCCACGCAUUAAGACCACCGCCACGUUUAAGUCUGGAACUACAAAAUGCAACUUAAAACGAAGUCAGGAGAAACUCAAGGAGACUUUAAACUCAGCACACUCAGAUAGCAGGUUCCUCUUCACUGAAAACGUCCAGUUCAGCUAUGUGAGCCUGCGCUGCACGUCGUCCGGACAGCGAACGCGCAGCCGCCAUGGCAGGAAAGCCGGCGAGGAGGACAGCUCCUCAAUAACAGCUGAGUUUGAGCUGGAUGUGAACCUAGAGGAGGUAACAGCAGAGAGCUGUGACCUGAACUGUGUGCGCCGACGCUCAGAGAAGAGGCUCAGGAAGACAAUCAGAACGCUGAGGAAGUCCAUCAACCGGGAACAGUUCCACCUCCACUUCGCUGGGUCCGACUACGAGCUCGGCAAGAGUAUGGGCCAGCCGGCAGAGCUGCCGGGACACUGUGUGGCGGGACAAGUGUUGAUGGGAAGGAAAUGUGUGAGCUGUGGCAUAGGGACUCACUACGACGGAGAUCAGGGAAGGUGUGUGUUGUGUCCAGCUGGAACUUAUCAGGAUGAGGAGGGACAGACAUCUUGUGAGACUUGUCCUGGACCGGAAGGAAGAGAAGUCUCCAAGGUGGUCGGAGCUCGAAACAUGUCAGAGUGUGGAGGUCAGUGUUCCCCCGGUCAGUACUCUCAUGAUGGCUUCAUCCCCUGCUACCCCUGUCCAUUGGGAACGUACCAGCCAGAAGUAGGACGCACCUCCUGCUUCCCUUGUGGAGGGAACCUGGUCACCAAGCGCAGUGGUGCUGUAACCUUCCAGGAGUGUGAGACCAAAGUCCAGUGCUCUCCAGGUCAUUACUACAACACCAGCACACACCGCUGUAUCCGCUGUCCCAUGGGCACGUAUCAAGGAGAGUUUGGGCAAAACUACUGCGUCGCCUGCCCUGGAAACACCACCACUGACUUUGAUGGCUCCACUAACAUCAUGCAAUGUAAAAACCGACAAUGUGGAGGUGAGCUGGGAGAUUUUACUGGUUACAUUGAGUCUCCCAACUACCCGGGGAACUACCCAGCCAAUGUCGAGUGCACCUGGACCAUCAACCCACCGCCCAAACGCAGGAUCCUUAUUGUCGUCCCAGAAAUCUACCUGCCUAUUGAGGAUGAAUGUGGAGACUACCUAGUAAUGAGGAAAAGCUCUCUCUCCAACUCUGUGACAACCUACGAGACUUGCCAAACAUAUGAACGUCCCAUCGCUUUCACCUCCCGCUCCAAGAGGCUUUGGAUCCAGUUCAGGUCCAACGAGGGGAACAGUGGAAAAGGCUUCCAGGUCCCAUAUGUGACUUAUGAUGAGGACUACCAAGAAUUGAUAGAAGACAUAGUUAGAGAUGGAAGAUUAUACGCUUCAGAGAAUCACCAGGAAAUUCUCAAGGACAAGAAGCUCAUGAAGGCAUUGUUUGAUGUGCUGGCUCACCCACAGAACUUCUUCAACUACACAGCACAAGAAUCAAGAGAAAUGUUUCCGAAAUCCUUCAUCCGCUUCCUGCGUUCUAAAGUCUUGAGAUUCCUUCGCCCUUAGGAUGGAGCUGUUGUUGCACGUUGUCUGGAUACUUCAUGAAAAACCUAGGUUAGAUACUGCCUGCAGUGUCUGUUUCAUCCACUGACCCCUUCAAGAAUAUUCUGUAGUUAUCUGUUUUCACAUGGAAAGAUACUAGAGUGAACUACACACUUGAUUCAAUUGAUCCCGAAGAGAGGGUGGACUCUGAGCAUCCUCAUACAGGGAUCUGGAUUUCUUCACUUUGUCUGGAAAUUUGUAAACAUGUUUUAAAUAUUAACAGAGGAAUUGUAAUGACUUUGUACCCUCCUUUUGGUUUUAAAGUCAGCAUCUCAGGAUUCAAAUCUAAAGUGCAAGUCUGUGUGUUUGAAUUUUGCUAAACAUGCCCAUCUACAUUUUUUUAAUAGCCUUGUGAUGAAAAACAAAUAUGGUAGCUCAACAGAUAUAUACUGAAUGUCAGUGAUACUGUAUAUAGAGUGUGUAUCUAGUUUUAACAUAGGCCACUUUCACAGGUAGAGGUUAAUUUCACAGAUUUACUGCGAAACGUCAGAAAUAAAUAUAGCACAAAUGUUUUCUCGGGAACAUUAGCACUACUAAAGAAGUAGUGGCACCACAAAAGCAAUUAUUCCAAUGAAUGUUUUGUAUAUGAUGUAAAAAGUUUUAGGUGAAUUGCUAAUGUAUUGUAGCAGCUACAUGCAUUCUUGACAGUAUAGCAUCGCUGCAUUCGCUGGUGGCUUUAAUGCAUUCCUGAGACAUCGCCAGCUUCAGCAAAAUGACACCAAUACAUGUGUGUAUUGUGAACUAGCAACCAAAGACAACUGUUCAUUCUGCAGACACUCAGAGGAUUUGGAGUGAUGUGAUUUGAGAGACUGAACGAUAUGAGGUCAGAAAAUAAAUGAAAGUUCCUGUAAAAUAGAAUUGAAUUAUUCACCUGUCUUAGAUGACACAUGUAUGUAUAUUUUUAUGGUUUUGUACAUCUAAUAUGCUGUAAAUAAAGAUAGGAAACUUACUAUGUGUUCUUAUUACCUUCCCACACUACAAUUUUUUUUGUUUGUUUGUUUUUUGUGGCACAAAACAGAACAUCUGCAUUUUAUACAUGCAUUUCACUCACGCACACACCCGUGCUCUGUUUUACAAAAUAUAAUGGUGUAAAGCUUUGCUCACUCAAGUUACCAAGUAACCUACAUACAUUAUUUUCCUGUUCCUGUAUAUCUCUGGUCUUCUUUUUUGUGAUCCCGUAAUACUUCAUUUCCCU